GAACUUGAGGACCACAACUGGUCAUUAAUGCAUCACAUCAAAAUUGAAAAGAUCAAAAAGGGCUGCCCCCACAGUUGCACACUGUGCAUGGAAUCGUGUGCCAACAUCAUUGAGUACGGUAAACACCUGAACGAAGACCGACAUAAACAUGCGCUGAGUCGCAGAGGAAAGCAAGAUGUGGAAAUGCUCGACUCCUUCUCUGGUCCAGGCAACAUUUUUGAUGAUCGAAAAGCGCAAGAACUUGUUGACACUACUAGUUCAGGUCAAGCGUCACUCUCAAAAGAAGAACCAAGUAUCUGAUGUGCCACUUCAUAAGCCAGACAUGUAUCCAAAUAAUUACACGAAAGAAGCAUUCCCCUUCUUAGCAUUUCCCUUCUUACCUCCGAAGAUCUAUCAGCAACAACAACAAUCACAGCAACAGGGGCAAGUGUUCCUUGGUCAGCAAUGGGCAUCAAAUGUGAAUCAACCCCCUAAAGGGCUCUUUAAGGUCCCAGGGGCUCUAGGUCAUCAGAGGACAGUUAGUGAUAAACGAUUUGAUCACCCAGCAAAUAAUGAACACUUCUAUAUGGAUAAUUUCAAUAACAUGAAUUGGGAGGAUAACAAUUUUUACAGUCAGCAGCAAUUAAUGAAUCAUCAGGAGUGGGGAAACCAAGGUGUCAGGGCGGGACGCGGUCAGUUUCACAGAGGCAGCAGACGGGGAAGCUUCGAUAGCAGUUUUGAAGCUCCUGGAAACAGGGUUAGUAGGUCGGACCAGCACAAUUGGGAUGGUUCCAGUCAUAGGGAGCAGCCUGAGAGAGGCCGGGGCAUGCUGAGAGGCACAGGACACAGGCGAUCCAUGUCGUAUGACAAUAUUUCACCAGAAAGCACGUCGUCUUCAGACUCGAGUCUUAAGCGCCGCAGAGAGAAUGAAGAUGACAGACAGCCUGGCAAGACGAGGCGUUUUGUUGCCCCGGAUAGUUACCAGUCAUCAUCUUCGUCUGGGUACCAGUCUGGGAGGACAAGACGCUUGAUCGAUGAGAAGUCUAAUCAGAGGCCUCGCAGUCGUAGUACCAGUCGAGACCGGUCGUCUUCGCUGAGAGAUUUUAGAUCUGAUUCUGAAAGUGAGGGUCGUCUUAGUGCACGGAAAGUCACCUGGUCUGAUCAGCAAAUGGUGUCCUCCACGUCGGAAAAUGCAGAGAAAAAAAGUUACAGAAACACUGGAAAUGCAGCAGCAGUCGUAAAUGAUGAACCAGUUCUACCAGAUUCUUCUUCAGAAUCUGAUUUAAAGAAUCUUCCUAAACAUAAAUCCAGAGUCGUGAACUCCAAGACUGAAACUGUUACCAGCAAACUCAGGCAGUCACCUAGAUCACCCAAAAAGCCUGUUAUAGCAGGUGAUGAAACUGAAAGUGUUCUUGAAAAAGCUGAAAAAUUGUGUAAGAAGUUGCGAAACGAGCGGGAAAAGGCAAAGACUAAAAAACGUGAAGAGGAAAAGAUUAAAAAGUUGGAAAAAGAAACAGAAUUGAAUGAAAAGAUAGCUUCAUUGUCUGAAAGGAACAAAUCUAACAUUAAGGGGAUUUUAGACUCUGAAGUUGAAGCGAUCAUGAGCAAAAGGAGUUUAUCUCAGAAUGAUGUCAGUUUUGUUGCCUCUGCAGAACGUCCCAACUCAGUACAAGGUGCUGCGUCAGCAGCAAACAUAAAGACAUUGCCAGAGUUCACUGCUGACACAGAGAUUUCCAAAAGAAUAGCUCAGACCCAGGCUGAUAUUGCAGCAAUAAGGGCCAAGAUCGAGGCAAGCGUACAUAGCGAGUCCCCAGUCCAAGAGCUGGUCAGCGAACCUCCUAGGUAUCCAGGGGGGACAGAAAGAGUCAAUCUUGUAAAGAUGGUCAACAGCCCACGAACGACAAAAGAAAGAUUGGCUUUGGCCGAAAUGGUACGAAAACAUGUGGUAUCUCAGAACAAGCUCUCACUUCCGCGAUUUAACUUGAAAUACUCUGAUCUGUGCUCAAACAGUGAUAAGCAAGAUGAGUACACGAAUAUCAAUCUAGACAGUCUUGCGCCUGAUAUUAAGCUGCAGAUUGCAAAUAUCAUUGAGGCUGAUGUGAAGCCUGAUAUAUCAGAACUGCAGAAGCUCCUAGAUCAAGCAAGCGUUGGAAAUGAGCAACUUGACCCUGAUAUUCUAGCUGAACUUGGGAUUAGAACUACCCCUGACAGGGUUAGGUCCAAUCCAGUUUUCACUCCAAGUCCAACUUUAGGUAUACCAGUGCGUGAAAAAAGCGUUGAAAAUAAUGGCAACACAUCAACUACAGCAGCAGCUUCAAAGGAAGUAAGGAAUGUUGACAGAGCCCAGUCACCAGUAAGGCGAUUGUUUUCAGGAAAUACUGAUGAAUAUAGGACUGUAAAUGGCACAGCAAAAGAUGCCACUUCUAAAGAGAAAGAGCUAACAACUCGUGAUCAAGUGCCAGCAAAUAAAGAUAAAUUGUCCUCUAGUAGCUGGAAACCUGAUGACUUGCAAACAAGUGGGGUCAUGUCAUUGAGACGGGUUCAAUCACCUGUAAAUAGCAUCUCAUCAAGCUUGCCUAUGUCUAUGCACUUCACUGGAAGAGCUCCCCAGCAAUCGUCAUCAGAAACUGCACCACAGAAAAAUGUUGCAAGCCCUAUGGAAGUAAGAGUCGUUCCAGAGGUGAGAGUAAAGCAGGAGAAAAUUGACAGUGGUUAUGAUCAGGCCAUCAAAAUGACUGGGCAGACAGACAGCAGGGAUAGACAAGAUUAUGUUUCAAGAACUUCUGAACUGCAGGAUAUGGACAUACGUAUGACCGGUACACGCACGGUGCAGAGGUCCAUACACACCAGGAGCCUUUACUCAACGGACGAUAUUCCUGUCAGAGAACAGAGACAUUCACCCGGAAACACAACUUUGGAGAAAGUGAGUAAAAUUUUGGAUGCAGUGCCUGCCCCUAUUGUUGAAUCCCCAUCUGUGAAGACCCACCGGCCCCCCACGUCACCUGCCAGUCCUGUAGCCAUGGUGAUUGGCAGCAGUCCCUCACCCCCUAGUGGUGCCAGUCAGAUGGAGGGCACAGGAGUACAUGAAAAAGCAAAUAAGGUUAACAUAGCAGAGAAGCACCUGGACAGUUCCCUGACCUCCCAGGCGACCAUCUUGGACGAGGUGUACCGUGUGAGUCUUCACGAGGAGACCGUGCGUGGAGAGAUCAACUCGGUGGACCUGAAGAUUGAUCGGCUCACCUCCCUCAUAGAGGAGGCCUCACAGCAGCUCAACCGCUUCAGGGACGAGCGCAAGCAGCUCCUCGAGGAGGAGAAGUCAUGCAGGAGCAAACGACUCAAGCUCCUAGAAGACAGCCGCAGUUCUUCAGCCUGCUCACAGACUGGGGCUGGCUCACUUCCUCUGCAUCUCACCUCACAGUACGCAGACAAUCUUGUCAUGGCCAAGUUCCUCAUGUCGCGACCUUCUGACCUCUCCUCUGUGGGUGGAUACUCCAAUGUAGAGUCUGGGUCACAGCCGGACCUUGACCUUCCUGGUCAGAGGCGAGGGUCUUUGACCUCAAGCACUUCCGAACCCCUGUCCGCUGGCGACCUGAACGCCAAGAAAAGUAACACAGCCAGCUUACUAUUCUCAAAGUCCUUGGAUGUGCUUACAGGGAGCACAGAGACUGUAACGUCGUCCCACUCCAAAGGAUUUGAGUGUCAGGAUUUUGAUAGAACGCCUAGAGCCUCUGUUGAAAGUGGGCCUAAAGAACAACAUGUUUCUGCUGACAAAGGUGUAUUAGAAAAAAAAGAAAGCGUAAACAAGAAGAAUUCCCUUAGUUUGAUAAAUCCACCUUUAGAUAAAGUAGGUUUUGUAACCCUUGAGGCACUCAUGAAAGGGGAUACAGACAUUGGAAAAUUGUUGAACAAAAGUAUUGAAUCCAUUGAGAAGGGUAUUAUUCCUAAAGGUGCAUCCCCGUUGCCUCAACAGCUCAGUAAUGAGACUGAUAGUCGAGGGUUGGGACUAGCUGGUAGAGUAAGGGAACGUAGAGACAGCAGCUUCAGCAUCGGAUCUGAUGGCAGUGAUACUGAGAGGCGCAAGGUAUCCAUGAAGUACAUGGGAACUUUGCCAGAGGGAAUGAACUAUGAAUCUUUUGUUAGGCACAUGUCACAGGAAAACAAAAAUAAAAAUCUGAUGUUUACAGUGUUUAGUUCACCUGAAGCUGUUUCUCAGUUACGACGCACUCCAGAUGCUGGUUCCAAGACGCCAACUGUUCUAUCCAACCCAGCCUCCCAGUUACCAACAGAAACAGGUUAUAGGAGUGAUACAAACAGUACAAAGACCUUGACAGAUGCCAACGAUGGCGAAGAUAGAAGUAUCAUCAGCACCUUUUCUCUGGGGGCAGAAAUCAAGCGUAUUUGUGAUGGCCAUGGAAAACAGACUGAUGGAGAAAAUAAGUUGGAUAUGGUUACUCAGAGGUCAGGCACAGAUACCCUGGAUGAUUUGACACCAAGAGCUUUGCAGGAUGAGCUUUCUCUGCCUUGGAGCUCAGAUGUGAAAUACACUGGCAUACGAGUUGACCAUGUGCAUGAAAGUCCAGUGAGAGAUUGUUCAGUAAAUUUGGAGAGAAUCGACACAGAUUCUUACCCAGUAUUGACCCAGAUAUUGGAAACCCCGCUCAAAAGUUCCAAGUCUCCACCCCCUCCCCUCAUAAUAGGGGAGGCGCCAUCUCCCACAAGAAAGAGGCUGAAAUCUAAAAAGGAGCGAGAUCAGAUGUCAAGGAGGAAACAAAAAGAGAGCUUCAUUCUCAACUCAGACACUGACUGUGAUGCAGACACUGGUACCAAUGUACCUGGGACGAGAUCAAGACUGUCUUUCAAGUGUGCCUCAAGGUCGGAGGAAGAUCUUGUUCAAAGUGGCUCGGAAGCAGGGACUCCAAGAAUCCCUGAGAAAACUAAACCCCCGCAGGGUCCACAGGGGUUGAAGCGAUCAUUGCUCGAUGAAGUGCAACUCGAGCCAGAAACACCGUCAGAUUCUGAUCUUUCACAGAAACAGCCAACGCAGGAGCAAGUGCCAGUGGUGCAGUACUGCGGUCCAAGUAUCUCAGUAGCAUGUGUACAGGUGUUCAAACAGGACCUCUAUGUGUGCUACAACGGCAGUGAAAUACGCAGGUUUCAUCUCAAGGCUGGCCAAGUAAUGAAGGAGUUAGACUGCUCCCCGUACCUGGUGAGCUGCAUGCAUGUGACCAGUGUGGAGGACAGGCAGGACAUCCUGUACACAGGGGGACCCUGCAAGAAACUCAUGCUCUUCACUCCACAGAAGUUCAACCUGAUUGCUACAUACGACUACCAGAGUCGCUUGACCAGUCUGCACGAGAACUGGGGGCGACUCUUUGUAGGACUUUCAGAUGGUGCUGUGUCUGUUAGAAGCCUCAAGACUGACAAGGAAUUGAACACAUUCUCCUGUACGACCUCCCCUAUACACGCCAUGAGCUCUACAAGUGCAGGCAUGACCAAGAUGCUGUGUCUGGCCACAGGGGAUAAGGUCAUCUACAUCCUGGAUGCCAUCACUGGGCUACUCAUCACCAUGCUGGAGGGUCACACACAACCCCCACUCUGUCUACAGGUGAAUGGGGACCAGGUGGUCAGUGGAGGGGCUGACCAGUCUUUGAUGGUGCAUUCUGCUACAACUGGCAGCUUGACGCACAUGAACAUGCUGCAGAUGCCCAUCACUUCUAUUCACUUCAGUGAGGAUCACAUCUAUGCUGUCUGCCGGGACAAGCUCAUACGCACAUAUAGCUUGGAGUUGAAAUCUGGCCAGGUUAUUGAAUGCAGUGGCAUAGCGACAUGUUGUCACGUAUCGGACGGCAUGGUCAUCAUUGGGGACAGGGAUGGACUUUGUGAGGGGAGACCACUCAGUAAGCUGCUCAAGUGUGCAUGCAAGUUUGGUGGCUGCACCCUUGAGUUCAGCACACUGGACCAUCUGAGGCUGCAUGUACUGUCUGACCAUGUGAAUACCACCAUGGGCAAGUGUUCCUACACAGGGUGUGCACACAGCUUCCACAAGGAGGACCGCAGACAGGACCACAUGUUGAGGCAUCUUAAAUGAACAAGAAGCAAAGGGAAGAUUCUCCUCAAAUUGGUCUGCAUUAUUCAAUAUUUCCAAGGCUAGAGUGAAGUUUUAGAAUUUCAGUGUUUAAAAAGUCAUUGUAUACUAGUGAAUUGUCUCAAGACAGUGUAUUGUUAGGUUUUGAAAAGGUUUUGAAAGUCAUGAUAGAGAGGUAUUAUAUACCAUGUGUUAUUUGAAGUAAGAACACUUUUUGCGAGCUGCAUACAAUGAAAAAAGGAGGCAUUUUGUCAGGAGAUGGGCGAGGUGACAGAUUUAUAUAAAUGUACAUAAGCGUUCAAGGCUUAUGAGAAACAAAAUGUAAGACCGUCCAUAAUUAAUCAUCAAACAGGGAUAGAAAGUCUAUUUUUGUUCCAAAAUGAAUAUACUGGCUCAUUAAUUUUGUCUCAUAUACAUUUUUUAUAUGUGUUUGUUGGAAUCAAUUUUUUGGCAGUAAAAUAUUAUUAUUGUGCAUAUUUUACCCAUUUGUGUAUGGUAAAUAGUCUCAGGCCAAACACAUCAAUUGUUAAAUUGGACUCAUCAACAGUUAUAAGAAUAAUUUAUUCAUCUUUUUAUCUGGUACUUAUUCCUAUUAAAUUUAAACAUAUGAUGGCCCAGUCUGAUAUUUACAAGUUACAACUUACAUGUGUUCUUAGUGAUUCAGUACUAUAUUUGUGUUUUCAUUACUUGUUCUUGUAAGUGUGCUGUAUCCGAUACAUCAAAGAGGAAGAAAAUUUUGUAACAAAUAUAUACUGACCUGAAUUGUGAUGUCUUUGAUUUGUUAUGUUUUUGUUAUUGCCUGAUUGUUAAUUAUUAAUUUAAAGGGGUUUAUAAAGCACAAGGCUAUGUUUAUAUUACAAAUUGUCUUAAAUUGAUGUCUGCUCAUUUAAAUAAUGAUUUAUAAGAGGCACAAUUUAUUUUGAUGGGGUUUGAUCGGUUUGCUGUUUUUUAAUUUAAAUUACUUGUUAUUUUAUUUGUCUUUAAUUAUUGAAAGGGGCUUUUUAAAUAUUCAGUUCAAUAAGAACAAAUUGGGUUUAAUAUAAGCAUCUUAAGGGUUAUUUUGAACGUAACCUGUUUAUUGCAUAGCACAAAUAGGGCUUGCUGUAUUGAUCAUAUCAGUUGAUUAUUGUACAUAAACAUUCGCUACACUUUUCAACCUCUAUGGUUUUGCUACAUUGUGUCAUUUGAAGAGAUUUUGAACAAAGGAUUUUUUAUUUAAAAAACACUAAAGAUUAUGUCAUUUAUUUUGUAGUUGUUCGGUUUUUGUCAUACAAGUUUUAUGUUGUCAAUUAUCAUUUGGCAUUAAUUAUUUUGUAGCAUAGAUGAUUUGGGGUGUUUUAAAUUCAGCUUCAAUAUAUUUGUUUAGGAUCACAACACGUGUCUGGGUGUCAUAGCUUUGCUAUAAUGUGUUCUGCCAGAGUUUUGCCAAACGUAAAGUGCUUUAAAGUAAAUGUUUGUAAAACAAUAGUUUGAGAUUACUAAUUUUUAUGUUGUUUCUGUACUUUACACAAUACUAAUUAAUUGUAGUCUGUAUAACUAGUAUACAGUAAAAUAUUUAUUUCUUAAAAUAAGUUAGUGCAGGUAAAAAUAACAAUCAGUAUUCUGCAAUCAAUUGGAAACAUUUUUAAGGCGUUUGAUGAGAAUGAUACGCUAACACUUCGGCAUGUUCAAUUUCUGAUUUCGCCUACAUUUUGACACAUGGAAAUAUCAGCUUGUGCAAUAUAUCAGCUUGUUAAUACACUUCAGAUUGAUUUUUGUUCUCUGAAUAACUUGCACAUCAGUAAUUAUGUAAACAAGUUAAACCAUUUACCAUGUUUGUUGAAGUUAAUCAAAGUAGGGUUGAUUUGUUUUUGAGUGGAGUGAAAAUCAGUCCCUGCAAGUGCUUAAUUCUUAAUCUUAUUGGAUAUGCCAAGCAUUCCAUCUAGAAUGUUACAAGUGUAGUAGUUCAAGUAGUGAUCACAUUGUAAGUGCUUCAGACAAUCAGCUAUGGAAGAGUUUGCAAAUGUAGAUCCAGCUAAUACAUUAUACUACGAAUUUUGUUCAUGUCCACCACUGCUUCUGUACUCUUCAUGGUUUAAAUUUUGAAUGCCAUUGUAAUUAUAGAAACAUUUUUCUUGCAACGUAAGCUUUUCUAUGAGAUAAUAUCCUGUGUAUUAAAUUAAAUUAAAUACUUUCCAAAUUAUUUUACAAUUUUAUUCGAUUGGCAGCAAUCAUGAGAGUUCCUGACAAUUAAGUGAUUUACAUGCCUCGCGUGAUGAAGUUAUCUGUAUCCUAUACUUGCCUUAUAUUCUCGCUACAUUUAUCAGUAUCAAACUUAGAUAUUUAUCUCUUAUCAGUCUCAGGUUUAUCUUUGUAAAUAUGCAUUUAUUGUUGUUUAAUACUUCUUUUUUCAGUAUCCAUUUUUAGCUCACCCCUGCGCCGUCAACAUUUACCUUUGUAACUCUCUAGAGGCCACAUUUAUUGUCCAAUCUUCAUGAAAUUUGGUCAGAAAAUUUAUCCCAUGAAAACCUUAUUAACACUCUAGAGGCCACAUUUUUUUCUGAUCUUCAUGAUAUCUUGGAUGAAUUCAUAAAUGGUAACCUUUGCUUGAAAAACAUGGCUGCCAUUUUUCCUUAUAUGGCUAUAUAUGGCUAUAGUAAAAUCUUGUUAACACUCUAGAGGCCACAUUGAUUGUCCGAUCUUCAUGAAACUUGAUCAGGAGAUUCAUCCCAAUAAUAUCUUGGACGAGUUUGAAAAUGAUGCUGGUUGGUUGAAAAACAUGGCGGGGCAUUUUUCUUUAUAUGGCUAUAGUAAAACCUUGUUAACACUCUAGAGGCCACAUUUAUUUUCUGAUCAUCAUGAAACUUGGUCAGAAGAUUUGUCCCAAAUGAUAUCUUGGAUGAGUUCGAAAAUGGUUUUAGUUGCUGUAAAGGCAUGGCAGCCAGGGGCGGGGCAUUUUUCCUUAUAUGGCUAUAUAUGGCUUUUGUAAAACCUUGUUAACAUUCUAGAGGCCACAUUUAUUGUCCAAUCUUCAUGAAAUAUGGUCAGAAGAUUUGUCUUAUUGAUAUCUUGGAUGAGUUGGAAAAUGGUUCUGUUUGCUUGAAAAACUUGGCUGCCAAGGGACGGGGAAUUUUUCCUUAUAUGGCUAUAGUAAAAUCUUGUUAACACUCUAGAGACCACAAUUAAAGUCAGAUCUUCAUGAAACUCGGUCAGAAGAUUCAUCCCAAUAAUAUCUUGGACGAGUUCAAAAAUGAUGCCGGUUGGUUUAAAAACAUGGCCACCACGGGGGCAGGACAAUUUUCCUAAUAUGGCUAUAGUAAAACCUUGUUAACACUCUAGAGGUCACAUUUAUUUUCCGAUCAUCAUGAAAGUUGGUCAGAAGAUUUGUCCCAAUGAUAUCUUGAAUGAGUUUGAAAAUGAUUUUGGUUGCUUUAAAAACAUGGCCACCAGGGGCGGGGCAUUUUUCCUUAUAUGGCUAUAGUAAAUCCUUGUUAACACUCUAGAGCUAGCGCCCACAUUUAUCGUCCAAUCUUCAUGAAGCAUGGUCAGAAGAUUCAUCCCAAUAAUAUCUUGUUAUCUCAGUUGAGCAACUUUGGACCUUUCAGGCCAUCUUGGUAUUAGUCCCCUAUCGGUUUCACCGGAGGGUCUUAUGGUUUGGGGUCCGUCUGUCUGUCUGUCAGUCAGUCUGUCUGUCUGUCACACUUUUCUGGAUCCUGCAAUAACUUUCAAAGUUCUUAUUAUUUUUUCAUGAAACUUGCCACAUGGAUAGAUGUCAAUAUGGACAUUAUGCACGUCAUUUCAUUUCGUUCCUACAUCAAAAAUUCUGGUUGCUAUGGCAACAAAUAGACUAGGAAUACUGCUGAAAUGGUGGUUUUCUGGAUCCUGCGAUAACUUUUAAAGUUCUUAAUAUCUUUUCAUGAAAAUUGAAACAUGGAUAGAUGGCAAUAUGGACAUUAUGCACGUCAUUCCAUUUUGUUCCUACGUCAAAAAUUUUGGUUGCUAUGGCAACAAUUUUUUAUUUUUUUUAAUCUGAAAAUGGUGGAAUUACUGACAAUGGUGGAGCCGGUAGGGGACUUAUAUUGCUUGACAAUAGUCUUGUUUAGCUUAUUUUGAUUAUUUAUUUUUCUGUGUAAAACAUGAAUAUUGAUCAAUUUGAAACGCAUGCUUUCACCUCUAUUAGUCAUACAUUUUUCAGUAUUCAUACACAUGCACUUUUCAAUAGUAGUCUUUUAUCCGUAUCAAACACACAUAUAUAUUUACCAGUAUCAUACUUAUUUAAUUCUCAGUAGCAUAUAUCUUUCAAGUAUCAAGCACAUAGUAACAACAGUUCAAGUAACCAUAUACAUAAGUGCAUAUUAAGCUAUAAAAAAAAGAAUUGUAACAAUUAUGUAUGGUUGUGUUCUUUAUGCUGUGUUUAAACAAAACAAAAUGCCAUGUUACAUAAGUAAGCACAAAAGUGUCAUUUAUGUUGUUUCAAAUAAGUAAACUUUUGACAACUUCUAAUAUUGUUUGAAAGAACAUGUAGCAAAUACUUCAAAAUGGAAAAUGCUAAAUAUAUAUACUAACUCAUCUAAAUUUGUGAAUGCAUACUUUGUAUCUUUUUAGCUCAGCUGUCACAAAGUGACAUGGUGAGCUUAUGUGACCGUGUGAUGUCUGGCGUCCGUUGUGUGUGCGUGCCUGUGUGCGUCCGUCCGUCAACAAUUUGUUUGUGUAGACAGCAGAGGUCACAGUUUUCAUCCAAUCUUUAUGAAAUGUGGUCAGAAUGUUUAUCUUGAUUAUAUCUGGGUUGGGAUUGUAUUUGGGUCAUCUGGGGUCAAAAACUAGGUCACUAGGUCAAAAACUAGGUCAAAUAAUAGAAAAACCUUGUGUAGACAGUAGAGGUCACAGUUUUCAUCCAAUCUUUAUGAAAUUUGGUCAGUGUGUUUAUCUUGAUGAAAUCUGGAUUGGGAUUGUAUUUGGGUCAUCUGGGGUCAAAAACUAGGUCACUAGGUCAAAAACUAGGUCAAAUAAUAGAAAGGCCUUGUGUAUACAGUAGAUGUCACAGUUUUCAUCCAAUCUUUAUUAAAUUUGGUCAGAAUGUUUAUUUUGAUGAAAUCUGAGUUGGGAUUGUAUUUGGGUCAUCUGGGGUCAAAAACUAGGUCAUUAGGUCAAAAAAACUAGGUCAAAUAAUAGAAAAACAUUGUGUAGACAAUAGAGGUCGCAGUUUUCAUCCAAUCUUUAUGAAAUUUGGUCAGAAUAUCUUGAUGAAAUCUGGGUUGGGAUUGUAUUUGGGUCAUCUGAGGUCAAAAACUAGGUCACUAUGUCAAAUAAUAGAAAAACCGUCAACAAUUUGUUUGUGUAGACAGUAGAGGUCACAGUUUUCAUCCAAUCUUUAUGAAAUUUGGUCAGAAUGUUUAUCUUGAUGAAAUCUGGGUUGGGAUUGUAUUUCGGUCAUCUGGGGUCAAAAACUAUGUCACUAGGUCAAAAACUAGGUCACUAGGUCAAAUAAUUGAAAAACCUUGUAUAGGCAAUAGAGGUAACAGUUUUCAUCCAAUCUUUAUGAAAUUUGGUCAGAAUGUUUAUCUUGAUGAAAUCUGGGUUGGGAUUGUAUUUGGGUCAUCUGGGGUCAAAAACUAGGUCACUAGGUCAAAUAAUAGAACAACUUUGUGUAGACAAUAGAGGUCACAGUUUUCAUCCAAUCUUUAUAAAAUUUGUUCAGAAUGUUUAUCUUGAUGACAUCUUGGUUGGUAUUGUAUUUGGGUCACUUGGGGUCAAAAACUAGGUCACUAGGUCAAAUAAUAGAAAAACCUUGUGUAGACAAUAGAGGUCACAGUUUUAAUCCAAUCUUUAUGAAAUUUGGUCAGAAUGUUUAUCUUGAUGAAAUCUGGGUUGGGAUUGUAUCUGGUUAGUCAGGUGGGCGAUUAAGGGCCAUCAUUGCCCUCUUGUUUAAUUUAUGCUUGCAUACCUUUUUUUAAUGUUAGCAAUUAAUAUAGGCUGGUACCUUCAAUCAAUAUGGGAAAUAAGGCUGUUUAUUUGUUUGUGCGUCUUAAUUCACGAGACAAAAGAGAAUCUCAAAUCAAAUCAUAUUUCUUUUCACAUAUUUUGCUCAUCUGCAGUGUAAAUAUGACCCCAAAAAGUGGGAGGCCUUAAGCUUUGAAUGUGUUCCUCAAUCGGUAUGUACCUACCCACAGUUACCUAUGUAGGUUCUGUAAUUUUGAGGACUUGACACAAAUUGAACUGAUGGCAACAUUUUAGCUUUAACUUUCACAACUGAAUGAAAACAAGUUCAGAUUUUGGCAGAAUUACAGUGCGUGUCUUUUCCAUUAUACAUGUAUAGCAUAAAUGAUACUUGGGGUAAAAAACAGUGUUGUUGAGGCCCCUCCAUCUGUUAUCAAACAUGCCAUGAGGCCCUGAAUGUCUUUUGCGGAACCACUUUCUUGUGUUUUGUUAACAAACAUAAUAAGGCAUUUUAAUUCAUAGAUCACCUCAUGAUUCUAAAUCAAAUUCAGGACUAGUAUUCUCAUAAUUCUUUUUCUAUGUAUCAUAUUUUAACACUGUUGUUCAUUUAUUUUUUUAAUAUUACCAGUAGUAUUUGGAACAGCGUUCACCUCCUUUGACAUUUCAAUUAUUGUAUUUGCUAGUAAAAUAUAAUAUAUACUCUCACUAUAUUUAAAAAAUGUACAAAAUGAUGUAUGGUUAUAUUAUAUACCGAAACUGACAGUAUUACAUCUAAAUGUUAUGCAUUGUGCAAAUGUUGAUUUCAAUUUUUGUUGAUUUGACCGCUCAAAAUCGAGAACGUUUUUAUAUUCAUUGUCUAGAAUUGCUGUUUUGCUAAGAAUUCAGUUGUUAGGUUUGAAGCGCCAGGUUGUGGAAUGUAGAAAAACGAGUUUUAUGAUAACGUGUGAUAAUAAAUGUGAUAUUGUUUCA